AUGUAUCACAAGCCUUUCCAACCCCGACCAUUCAAGAAGCCUGCUCUCGAGGUGACAGAUGCACAAUGGAUUGCCUCCACUGACUCCGUCCCAGGCGACGACAGCCGCCCCAAGUGUAAGCAAUGUGAGAGACUCGGCCAGAAGUGUCGGAGGGGAAAGGGCAAGCUCAAGUUUCGCCACGGCUCCAGCGCCCGAUAUGAUGCGACUUUCUCCAAAGAUCAGACAUGGCUCGAGCAGAACAAAAAUGCAAAGUUCCAAUUUGUCGAUGAAAAUCCCGAACUGGAGAACUACUAUUCUCCAGACGACAUCGUGGUCAAUACCGUCAGACCGCCUCUUCCACCCCAGAAGGAAGACGAACCCCCGUCUCCUAUCAAGCGACAUGAUCAGUUUGAUGAGGAUAAAUCCAACACAAUCCGUACCGUCUCCUCCUCUGAAUUUCCUAUCUCUUUACAUUUUACAAACAGCGAGAAAGUCCUGGUCCAUGCCCCUAUAAAAAGAAGGAGAACCACCGAUUCCUCUAUUCAUCCAUUCCGACCAAAUCCAGAAGCAUGGUCGCAUGGUGCCUACGAUCCUAUUCGCUCCCAGUACCGUGUCUAUGAGGAUCCCAAAGCCUUUGGUCCUAUCAGUCCUGAAGGGUUUAUACCUAUGCCCGAACAACCGUACAUACCUAAGAUUGUAGAGGCCGAGUAUCGUCGUCUCGCCGACUCUGCAGCUGCAAAAAUCCCGGAGGAUGAAUCUCUUCUCUCCCCUGCUAUCUGGAAGGAGCAAUUCUAUUGGCCCAAUCAAUUUACCACUACUCAAUGCGCAUGCUUGAUGCGAUACUAUAUUGAACAUCUGGCACCUUGGUUUGAUGUUGGGGAUCCUGGUCGUCAUUUCGCUCUUGCUGUUCCCCAGCGAGCAAGAAGGUGCCCGCCGCUGCUUAAUGCAAUCUUCACGGCGGCUUCCAGACAUUUGGCGUCCCUCCCACAAUACAAAGCAUCCUGCGGCGUCAUCCAUUAUCAGAACGUGCCACUCCCAAAAUUGACUCCUGACACAGCUCUGAAAUAUCACAAUGCGUGUAUUGCAUAUCUGAUUAAACUGUCAAGUGAUCCAGAGCAUGUUAGAGAUGAGAAUCUGUUGGCUGCAGCAGUAAUCUUGAGAUACUAUGAAGAGAUUGACACCUCGUUUACAGGAGAAGACAGUGAAACUUUCCUGCAUACCUUUCAAAUAUUUGUCAAAGCCCAAGCCAAUCCAUACUUCCAGAUUUUAGGUGAUGGAGGUUCUCCAAAAUUUCUCCGACCAGGUUCAACUGGUAAUGUUCGAGAGAAUGCAGCUGCCUAUCUCAAGAGUUUCCAGCAUGCAGCCUUCAGAGUGGCCUUGCGCCAAGAGACGACCAUUGCCUUUAUGAAACAGAGAGCUGUCAGACUACCUCUCGAGAGGUGGUCGAUACUGCAGGGGUUUGAGGCGGCGGAUGAUUUUGUGUGGUCUGAUCGUCACCUCUAUCACUGUGCAAAUGUGUUACAGUAUUGUUUCGGGGGGGAAGUCAUGGCUGGGAGAGCGAGUGUUGAGCGGUGGACUGAACUGCAAAACUACGAAGCCCAAUGGGAUAACGCCAAACCAUUGUCCUUUGCACCUAUCCACUAUCAAGAUGCUGAUACGAAGAAAGGAGAAUGCCUUCCACAUAUAUGGUUUAUGGCAGAAAUCCACAUUACUGGAUUACUGCAUCUGGACCUUGCACGAAUACUUCUGACAGUUUAUAAUCCUAACAUCCCCAGAAUCGGGCAAGGGGUUUCGGCAGCCCAGCGACGGCUUACUGAGGAAGUGCAUGACAUUGUUGUGCGCUUAUGUGGCACCGCUAAAUCAGCAUCUUCUCAACCAGCACUGGUUCAGGCAUUCAUGGCAAUCGCAGUUUGCGGGGAGUACUUUUCAGAUUUAAAGGAACAACAAGUGCUCCUGGGUAUUCUGGCGCAGCUGGAAAAGGAAUAUGGCUGGCCAACAACCAAAACGGCCUCUGAUUUGAAGGAAGGCUGGGGCUGGAAGUGA